UUUAAAAGAGUUUAGGUUGUAUUACUUUUUAACUCGUUUUCCUUUCCUUAAAUAGUAAAUAUUGCGAAUAAAUACGUCUAUUGUCACGGCCUAAUGGUUAAUGUAAAAUAGAGUUUCUGAGGCAAUUAAUGGAUGAAUUAGUAGCUUGACGUACUUUUUGAUAGUUAUUCAUAUGCAGAUAAUUAUGAGAAGUUUUACUAUUUUUAUUCCUUAAAGAUUUAUUUUUAAAAAAUUUCGAGAUAAAAUAGAAGAUGAAAGGAUAAAAUUUGAUGUUAUGUUUCAAAGUGUUUUAGGUUUAUAAGGAUUUAUCAAAUAUUUGAAGCAGAGUCAGUUUAAAGGAUUCUAUAAUAGAUAUAACAGAUUAGGUAACUGAACAAUGGUUAUACACGCUGCUAUUCAGCAGUCUAGCGCUGAUCCUCAGGUCACGUUUGAGGCAUCGGAUCAUGGGGACGUGGUUCUGGCUGGGCUUACCAAACUGCGUGACAUGGAACAGCUAUUUGAUGUGGUGCUAAUUGUUGAGAAAGACCGACUUCCGGCACACAGGGUUGUCCUAGCAUCAUGCAGUGAAUACUUCAGAGCAAUGUUCACAGAUGGUCUAUUGGAGAGUCGGUUAGACGAGAUAUGUCUCAAUGGGGUGACAUCUACUGGCAUGAGAAACCUCAUUGACUUUGCUUACUCUUCCAAAAUUGAUAUAGAUGCUGGUAACGUAGAGGAUGUGUUGUGUGCAGCCAACCAUAUCCAGUUGAUGCCGGUGGUAGAGGCGUGUGUGAACUUCCUGAAAUCCCAUAUCAUGUUGUCUAACUGUGUUGACAUGCUGAGUAUUGCAGAGUUGUUUACCCUUCAUGAUCUCACACAGUACGUCUAUAAAUACAUAUCCAAAAAUAUCUCCUCACUUGGAAUGACAGCUGAAUUCUACAAACUUUCAGACAGCCAGUUGGAAAACUUGUUACAUUUGAAUUACCCAGUAGACUGUGUAGAGAGUGAUGUACUGUCAGCUGUGAUUGGCUGGCUUGUUAAUCACUAUGGAUACAAUGUGGAAAUAGCAUUCAAAUACCUGUCAAAGAUUUCCUUCAGCAGUAUGACAUUGGAAGAAGUGCAAAGUAUUCCAAAUUUUACUGAUCUUGACAAAAUGCUCAGUGAGGAGAAAGAUGGUUACCGGCUGCAGAAGUUGAUAAGAAAUAUACCUAGUUCAUCUGCUCUGGUUCCCGGCUUGAUAAAUGUCAGAGGGUACAGGGAAUCUGUGAUAGUAUGUGGUGGUUUCAGGCCUGGCACUGGAAUGAAUAAUAAUGUUGAAAACUAUGACAUAGCCACGGGGAAGAUGCAAUAUUUGACACAUGUGCCUCAUGUUGAUCAGUGCAAUUUUGGUAUUACUGUUACUAAAAAUAAACUGUUUGUUAUUGGUGGGUGUUAUAAUGAUGAUCAUAUGGAAGAAUUUAUACAUGGUUACGGUUUUUGUUAUGAUCCAGCAAAAAAUAAAUGGGAAAUGGUUCCGCCAAUGCUGAUGGAAAGAUGCCGAUUUUACCUGGGAUCUGUACAGAACAGACUAUAUGCCAUUGGUGGAGACCCGUCUGCUUCAACGGGAACUGCAGAAUUUGCUCAGUGUGAGUGCUAUGACAUUGAAACUAAAAGAUGGCAACCAAUUGCUCCAUUGCCUGGUAACAGAAUGGAGCAUGCUGGUACAGCAGUGGAGGACAGUCUAUUCGUUUCGGGUGGACUUCAGGAUCAGGAAGGCCCUGUGUUCAAUACAUUUUUUAAAUAUGACACUAAUACUGACAUGUGGAUGCAGUUGCCUGCAAUGCCCUCUGCUCGUGCAGAUCACAGUAUGUUUAGCUAUUCAGGGAAAAUUUAUGUGAUUGGGGGUUGGUACGAUGAUGAUCUUUCACACCAAAGAAUAAUGGCUUCAACAAUCGAUUGCUUCGACUUUAACAAAGGACGAUGGGAGACAAUCGCUGAUGUUCCAUCGCCAAGAUUGUUUGCAACUUAUACUUUAAAGCAAGGGAAAGUGAUUAUCAUAGGGGGUUGGUUGAAUGGUGAUUGUCAGAGGAAGUGCAACAAUGUUGAAACAUUUGACCUUGAAACUCUGACCUGGGUGGAGGACACUAACAGAAAUCAGCAAAAGAAAUGUGAUACCCAAGAAAUCUGGGAGCAUGCAAGUUGUACAAUGUAUGUUCCAACAUGUGCAAUAAUUGAGUCCUGAAACAGAUUAGCAAGCUAUUAAUGACUCAGCAAUAAGAUGUUUACAGUUACUGCUUUUGCUUAGUAUAAUGCUUUUAUUUUCAUGCAAAUCCUUUUUAUGCAGGCAUGCUUACAUACAUUUUUAUAUGUCCACUUUUUCCAGCUAUAAUGAAAGAAGUUAUCAUGUUUUACACCUUACACUCAAGAAACAUGAAAAUUAAUCCAGUAAAGGGUUAUUUGCUAAUUAAAGAAUUCAGCAGUGUGAUGUCAUAAACACACUAAAAUGGCUGCCUCCAUGAUCAGCCAUUUUCUUAAAUUUCAAACUGCCAUAUCUUUUUCAAUAGAGGUCCGAUUUUAAAAAUUCUUUCAGCGUUAUGAAAGGCUUAAUGAUGGCUUUCAUAUAGAAUUAACUUAUUUUCAGGCUUUCAUUACCCUUUAAGGUACAAUAUCCCAUUGUAUAAGAUCAAGGGUUAAAGUGUUUAUUCAAAGUUUUGUAAAUAUUUGGUAAGAGUCAUGUUUUUUGGAGGAAAUAAGGUAGUUUACCCAUAAUAUUACAAACAACCAUUGCCAGUAUGCAAUUGUGGCAUGGGGAGUGGCGGGGGAGGCUGGUACAAAAAUGCUAUUUACUUAUACUAGCUAGAUUAAUUGCCAACAAAAUGCCAAAAUAGCAGAAGAGAAGAUGUAAUGGCAAGGAAUUUACAGACUGCCGUUAGAAGAUGCUUUUUAAAUUUUGUUCAGAGUAGUGCUUAUUUUAUUGUCUGUGCUUUUAUUCGUUGUAUUGAUAAUUGAGACUGCUGAAGACAAUUUUACUUUUUAAGUUACAGUUCAUUUUCAAGAUAGUGGUAAAUUUUGUUUUACUUAGUAACUUUUUAUUUUGAUUUGCCUUAAACUGCCAGAUAUGUUGGGUGUAUGAAAUACAUGUACAAAAUUUUUAACCUUUUUUUUCAUCACAAAGAGAGGGAAAUCUUUGGAUUAUCCAAAUAUGAAUAUAUUUAAUGCUUUUGCUAUGGUUUUAUAUAAGAAAAGGUUUAUUAGUUGAUUUAAAUAUUUUUCUUUUUAACAGACUGCAAGUCUGUAUUGCAAAAGUAUUAACUUUGAAAUUUGUACACUAUCCGAUAUUGCUGCCUGUUAGCUGAUGGUUUACAUUUUUGCUUUUGUACAUAUUGUGUUCUGUUACUUAUUUUAUAAGUGAAAACUCUGCAUUAUAUGCCAUCUGAGGUCAUAACAGUAGCCUAACCUUUAUAUAAAGACAUCCUAUUUAACCCUUAUCAUGCUGGACACAAAUGAUUCUGCUUUUGCGACCAGUGCUGAUCAAGAUCAGCCUGCACAUCUGUGCAGUCUGAUCAAGAUCUGCACUGUUCGCCAUUCAGUCAGUAUAUUUGUGAUAAGCACCCCUUUUAACAGUUAAUCAUACUGUCCAAAUUGAAAGAGGGACAAGUUCAUUAUAGAAAUUUAGCACGGUAAAGAUUAAGAGUCAAGAAGACACUGGUGCAAAGAUGUUUGACGGGUGUUACAUACAUUAUAUUUCAUUACCUCUCUUGAAUAGAAUCAGUCAACCAAGUCUGCUAUUAUUUAUCUUGGUUGUAUUCCAUGCUUCCAAAGGUUUUUACAGAUCUUGAUAUCUAUAUGCAGGUGUUCUUAAUUCGCUGAUUAAAAUAAACAAUAGGAAGUAUUUCAAUUUAAAAUGAAACUAAUGGUCUUUACAGCCUGUUGAUCUCUAUUCCACUGUUGUAUUUAGCACAAGGAUGAUAGUACACCAGUGGUCAGAUUUAUAUACAGUCCUUUUGCUUAUUAGCAUAGACAUUUUCUGAGAUUUUUUUCAGCGAAAAUGUGUAUCAAGUUUACCAAGUCACCAACUUUAUAUUAGAUCAGUUGUGUCAAAUCAGCAGAAUAAAAGUUGAAGAUAACUGAAAAUGAAAGGCAUAUUGACUUCUAAAAAGAUUUAGUGGCUGAGUUUCACCAUUUUAGCAGAUAGGCACUGCUGGAGUGCAAAUGUUUUAAAGCACCUUAUUGUGCUGUGCUGUACAAGUACUUGUUGUAUAGCUAAGUUUGUUUGAAUUCUGAGCAGGUUAAAAAUUUUACUAACAUAAUGAGUUUGCGACCAGCAUGGAUCCAGACCAGCCUGCGCAUGGUUGUAACUUAUAUGAAAUAAAGAAGGAGUUAUAACUGUUCUGCACUAAGCCCGCGAAUUAUGGUAAUUGUACAAGAUUCUUUUAUGUCAGAAAAUUGAUUCUGCUGUUUUUGCUGUAGAAGAAUGUUUUAAGACUUUUUUUAAUGUGAAAACAUUCAGUAUUUUUGAUGAAGAACUAUCAAGUACAGCCUAGAUUCUACUUUUCCUACAGCAAUGCUAUAUGAGCCGCACCAUGAGAAAACCAACAUAGUGCGUUUGUGACCAGCAUGACUCCAGACUAGCCUGCGCAUCGGCAGUCUGGUCAGGAUCCAUGCUGUUUGCUUUCAAAGCCUAUUGCAAUUAGAGAAAUUGUUAGCGAACAGCAUGGAUCCUGACAAGACUGCACGGAUGCACAGGCUGGUCUGGAUCCAUGCUGGUCACUAUGUUGGUUUUCCCAUGGCAUGACUCACUUAUUAUUAGUCUUGUACACAUUUUAUCUGUGGGUAUUGUUUUCAGUAUUCCGAUUUUUAAACCUUUUGAAUCUUGCUUUUAUUGUAACAAAAAGUAAGGGGUCAGUUUGAAAUUAAGGUUUGUUCAUUGUGUCUUAAAUGAUAACAUGUUUCAAAGAAAUAUUUAUUUUAAAGUUCUAUGCCUUUAAGUCUCCUUUAUAAGUAUUUAUUUGUUUGUGUACUUUCAGAAAUUUUUUAACGAUUUCUUUUUCAUGUUAAGCGUUAUCUUUGAAAUCCAAAAUACUAUUCUACUGUAAGACAAAAUGACUAACUGAAAGAUAAUUGCGUCAUAAUAGUGUCUAUGUAUUUUUUUCAGUUUUUAAAAGUACUUUUAUUUCCUGGGCAUACAAAUUUGUAGUUUUGACUUAUGUAUUUUUGACUUUAAAGUCUGAAGAGUUUCGAGAUUUAAAAUUCAAAGUGCAUUUUAUUUAACUUUGUGAUUUAGAUUUGUAGACUGAUACAUAAGCAAAUUCAAAUAAACAUGUAUCACAGUACAAGGCUUACAGCAUGAUCCUGGAACGAGCUUGAUACAGGAGUAGUUAGAUAUUAUAUUAUAACAUACAAAAUGUCAGUUUAGAAGGAAACUUAAAUGGUUUGAUAUUCUUAUUUGGGAUUUUUCAGGACUGGUCCUGAUUUCAGGCUUUAGACUGCCAGAAUUUCCCUAUGUAACUCUAUUGAAAAAGGAGAUUUCAGGCCUGAGAAUGUAGAUUUUCAGGCUUUUGGUAUUUUGCUGAAUCACAGGCCUGAAUUGACUGUCACUGACUCCUUGCAUAAAUUGCCAGUCCAUAUUCAAAACUUGAAGGAAUGAAAUCUGUAAAAAUGUAUGUAUAGUGCCAUGUAAUAAAACGCUUACAGAUUUGCUUGUCAGUCAAUAUGUGUAUACAACUGCAGGUUUUUGCCCUUAAAAGUACUACAAAACUGUUUAAUUACAUUUUUUGUUACAUAUCUUCAGGUUGAUAAGAUCUAAUUAAAGCUGUAGAAAUAAGAUAUGCAAAUGAAGUUUUCUCAUAUCCAUUAUUUUGCUUGGAGUUUUUUUUGAAUGAUUUGAGUACCAUAUUUGACCAGCAAUAAUUGUCCAUGUAUGUUUUAAUGAUUGGUAUAUCUGAUCGAUAUGGCUUUGAAAAUUGACUGAAAUGCAUUGAGAGUGCCUCAUCUGCAUAAAGUUUUCACUAUUAGCUGAAAACGCCAUUGGACUUGAACCAUCAUUACAUUAAGUGAAAUAUCUUCUUUUUACAAGGAUGUAUCCUGACAUUAAGGAUGAAAUUAGAAUGAAUGAAAAGAAAUAAAAAAUACUGCUUUUAUUGUCUGAUCACUGUCAUAACACAUGUUUGCUAUUUAGGUGAGAUCAGAUAUUUUGGCAAAGUAAUAUUUGUUAUACAAUUGAAUUUGUUCGAAAGAAUUGAUUUUCUGUCAUAUCUGACAUUUUAUGGAUAAAGAUGAUAUUUACAGAUGAUUAAGUUCAAAUAUUUUGCAAGAAAUUAGACACUGCCCAUUUCUAUAUGUGUGUUCAUUUUUGCCUAGUUUUGCACUUAAAAGCACUUGGAAAAGAAUUUAAUAUUGGCUUAAAUACAGAAAUUCCUUUUUGUUAAGAAAAAGUGGGGGUUGGGGCACACAUUUAGGUUCUGUUGUUUUCAAUGCAAGAUUUUGUCAGAAAUGGAUUUUUUAUCUGAAGCCUAGUUAGUGUACACAUAUUUAUUGAAUUCCUUCACUAGUCUGGUGUUCCAUAGGAGUAGAAUUUACAUAUCUCAUGUUUGCUUAAUUAUGUUGUUGCUGUAUUUUAUUUUCCAGGAUGAUUAAUAAUAAAUAAAUAAUGAAAUAAAACCA